UGAAAAUCAGAAGAUCACGUUCUCUCUCUCUCUCUCUUCUUUCUCUCUCUAGCUCUGCAAAAAUCCUAUCUCGUCAUGCCCGAUCUGUUCUUCGCCAAAUCCAGGAGCUCGGCCGGGAAACCCUAGGGGAGUAGUGGGGAUUAGCGGCGGCGGCGGCGGCGGCGGAGGAGGCGGCGGAGCUGUAAGUAAUCUCCAUGGAGGAUUGCGCGGGAGGGAGCGAGCGUCGGUGAUCCGGCGGUGCCCACGUCCCGCGAUCGAGCCGAGCCGAGCCGAGCGGAGCCGAGCCGGAGGGCGUUGACGGAGAGCCGCGGCGGGUUUUGUGGCGGCCGCCGAUGAAGGGGCUGUUCAAGUCGAAGCCGCGGACCCCGGUGGACGUGGUCCGCCAGACGCGCGAUCUCCUCGUCUUAGUCGAUCGCAGCGGCGAUGCGCGCGAGAGCAAGCGCGAGGAGAAGAUGGCAGAUUUGUUUAAAAAUAUAAGGGAGAUGAAGUCAAUUCUCUAUGGGAGUAGUGAAGCCGAGCCGGUAGCAGAAGCUUGUGCACAGUUGACUCAGGAACUUUUCAGAGAGAACACUCUGAGACUUCUGAUAAUUUGUCUUCCGAAAUUGAACUUAGAGGCUCGUAAAGAUGCCACUCAAGUUGUUGCAAACUUACAGAGGCAACAAGUUCAUUCGCGAUUGAUUGCUUCAGAUUACCUUGAAGCAAAUCUUGAUCUGAUGGAUAUUUUGAUGGCAGGUUAUGAGAACACGGAGAUGGCUUUACACUAUGGGGCAAUGCUGAGGGAGUGCAUACGGCAUCAGGUUGUUGCAAAGUAUGUGUUGGAAUCACAGCACAUGAAGAAGUUUUUCGAUUACAUUCAACUCCCAAAUUUCGACAUUGCUGCAGAUGCCGCUGCAACCUUUAAGGAACUUUUGACGAGGCAUAAAUCUACUGUAGCUGACUUUCUUACCAAGAAUUAUGACUGGUUCUUUGAAGAGUAUAACUCGAAGCUGUUGGAGUCAAAUAAUUACAUCACCAGGCGGCAAGCUGUAAAGCUUCUGGGAGAUAUGCUGCUUGAUCGUUCAAAUUCAGCAGUGAUGACCCGUUAUGUUAGUUCGAGGGAUAAUUUGAGGAUUCUCAUGAAUCUUCUCAGGGAGUCAAGUAAGAGCAUCCAGAUGGAAGCAUUCCAUGUGUUCAAGCUCUUUGCUGCCAACCAAAACAAACCUCUCGACAUCAUCGGCAUACUCAUCACAAACAGAAGCAAGCUUCUCCGCCUGUUUGCUGACUUUAACUUUGAUAAAGUGUAUGAACAGUUUGAGGCGGAUAAAGCUCAAGUAGUCAAAGAGAUAGAGGCGCUCGAACCAAGGGAAAGCUCGUGAACAGGCCCGUUUUGUAUUUUUAUGUCCAUAAGUAUUAUGGUUGUCCUCCCAAUUAUAUAACUGUGAAUUAUGAGAGGCUCUUCAUCUUCUGUAAGGUAAAAAGUUCCUGAAUCUUGCCCGUCCUGCCAAGUAAAUUAUUAUUAUUAUUAUUUUUCAAACCAGAAUGCAAAUUUUGUAACCUUAUCAAUCAGCUUAGCAAUUUGUGUAAGACACAUCUGUAAGACACAUCUGUAUAUUUCAUUCC